AUGGAAAUACAUUAUGAAGUGGUUGAAUGUGUCAAGCAUGCUGGUGAUGUGUUGUGUGACUGCUUCCAGAGCAAUAUUAUGAAACAAGACAGGGUGUCAAAAAUUGGAAUGAAGAAAAGACAUUUAGAAAGCACAGAAACUGAUAUUGGAACAACAAUGAAAUUAUUUAAAAAUGAUAGCAAUAUAGAGUCAGAUGAUGUACCAAACACUUUAACUAAACCAACAAAAAUUACAAAAUCUCAGGGCAGACGUGCCUAUCUUAAAUGUUGGAAAGAAUAUGUUCAAAGAAAACGAAGUGGUAAACAAACUGGGCAACAUGUGGCUAAAAAACGUAAACUAGAGAAAGAGCGAGAGCGAUAUUACAAUGAUGACAGUUUUUGCCAAAGAAAAAAAAAGAACACGAUUCAACAUUAUGCAAAUAAUAAGUCUCACAGAGAAGCUGUGAAGACAAGAAGCAUUACAAAAUAUAGAUAUGACGAAAUGCACAGGGAGUCUAUAAAAACUAGAAGCAUUGCCAAAUAUAAACAAAAUGAAAAGCACAGGGAGUCUAUAAAAACUAGAAGCAUUGCCAAAUAUGAAGCUAAUGAAUCACACAGAAAGUGCUUGAAAACUAGAAGCAUUUCUAAAUAUAGAGAUGAUGAAUUACACAGGGAUUCUCUGAAAUCUAGAAGCAUUACUAAAUAUAAAGAUGAUGAAUUACACAGGGAUUCUGUGAAAUCUAGAAGCAUUACUAAAUAUAAAGAUGAUGAAUUACACAGGGAUUCUGUGAAAUCUAGAAGCAUUACUAAAUAUAAAGAUGAUGAAUUACACAGGGAUUCUGUGAAAUCUAGAAGCAUUACUAAAUAUAAAGAUGAUGAAUUACACAGGGAUUCUGUGAAGUCUAGAAGCAUUACUAAAUAUAAAUAUAAUCCGUCGCACAGAGAAGCUGUGAAGACAAGGAGUACUACAACAUAUAAAAAGAAUGAACAGCAUAGAAAAGAUCUUUUAAAUAGAACAACCACCAAGAGAUUAAUAGAAUCAAAUAAGAAACAAUAUUUUACAAAUGUAUUGG